GAGUCGACGGCCAGGAUCCAUCCCCGGCCCAGGGAUCGUUUGCAAGACCCAGAAACUUGCCUGUUCGAACUUGCCUCACGACCCGCCAUCGUCUCAACGUGUUCACUUCCGUCGUUCGUGAGGAGCAAGUAAGAUGAGAUAUCUUUAUGCCACUCCCCGCUGCUGAGCUCGAGUCGAGUGGAGAAAGCGCACGAGGCCUGGGUCGGCUCUUGUGUGGGUGGGGUCCUUGAAUCGCCUCGUCAUCGCUGCCCGUUCCAGCAACCAGCAACCGCGAGACCGAGACCGCUGUGUUGAGCUCUCCUGGAGCCAUACUCGCUCCGAGUGCUUCGCAAUGUCACCGAGCGACGGCGAGGCCGGUCUCAAGAACUUCCCCUCCCUCGAUCUCGAGUUCUCCCCUACCGCCGGCCCCCCCGAAGCGCACCUCGGCCAGCCCGACCUCAAGCUGGAACAUCCCAAUGAGACGCUAGACAUCAUCACCGCCGCCCCCGACAUGGGCGGCGCCACACCCUUUGGCGACUUUCCCUUCUCCUAUCAAGGCUCGCUAGGAGACUCGCCCAUGAACGGCAUGCAACACGGCUUCGACGACCCCGGCCCGGAUGUGUUCGCGACCCCCCAGGCCGCGCCGAUGUCGCCGAUGCAGGACCGACAGGACUCGGCAGCUUCCAUCACCGUUCAGACUUCGGGUUACGGCGCCGCCAAUGGCCAACGGCCCAGCCCCGACGGGUCCGACGACGGCACGCCGGACAGCAACGCGAACGGCGCCAACUCGUUGGAGGAGCCCAUGUCCGACGAGUUCGGUCUCGCGACGACCGGGCCCGCGGAUGGCACGGAUCUGGGCGGGAAGAAGGCCGACAAAUCGGAUGCCGCGCCUGCAUGGAGCGAACUGAAGACCAAGGCCGGCAAGGAGCGCAAACGGUUACCGCUGGCCUGCAUUGCGUGCCGCCGCAAGAAGAUCCGCUGCUCCGGCGAGAAGCCUGCCUGCAAGCACUGCCUGCGGUCGCGCAUCCCGUGCGUCUACAAAGUUACAGCGCGCAAGGCGGCCCCGAGGACCGACUACAUGGCCAUGCUCGAUAAACGGUUGAAGCGGAUGGAAGAGCGCAUCAUCAAGAUCGUGCCGAAAGCGGAGCAGGACGCCAUUUCCUCGUCCGUGACCCGCGCCGUGGUCAAGCCUGCAAUUCCGGGCACCCUCCCCGGCAGCGGAAAGCCGGCGCCGAAGAAACGCGGCGCCGACGAGGCAUUCGGCCCGGACCUAGACCACUGGGCUCGCGCCCCAUCGAGAUCCAAGCUUGACGGGCCGAACAAGCCGUCCACAAUCCUCGUCCAGGAGGCGGAGGAGAGCAAACUCUUGCUCGAGGGGGGUGAUGCCCUUCCUUCCAAGGAGAUCCAGGAGCACCUCGCCGAGGUCUUCUUCGAGAACAUCUACGGCCAAGCCUACCAUCUUCUCCACAAACCAAGCUAUAUGAGGAAGCUCAAAGCCGGCACGCUUCCCCCAGUCCUAGUCCUCUCCGUGUGCGCGAUAGCGGCACGUUUCUCUAACCACCCUAAACUCAACACGAAUCCGAACUUUCUGCGCGGCGAAGAAUGGGCGUCCGUGGCCCGUGACAUCCUGAUGAAGCGCUAUGAAUGGCCCAACAUCACGAUCCUGACCUGCCUACUGAUCCUGGGCUUGCACGAGUUUGGCACCUGCCACGGCGGGCGGAGUUGGUCACUUGGGGGACAGGCGAUCCGCAUGGCUUUCGCCUUGCAGCUGCACAAGGACCUAGAGCACGACCCGCUCCGCAUCCCAGGCAAGACGCAGCUGAGCUUUAUCGACCGCGAGAUCCGGAGGCGGACGAUGUGGGCAUGCUUCCUGAUGGACCGCUUCAACUCGUCAGGGACGGACAGGCCGACGUUCAUCCGGGAGGAGACGCUGAAGAUUCCGCUACCAAUCAAGGAGAGGAACUUCCAGUUAGACCUCCCUGGUCCUACCGAAACCCUCAGCGGCCAGGUUCUCGAACCCGUCUCGGAGGACAAUCCGAAUGAGGCGAAGGACAACAUGGGCGUCGCGGCCUGGAUGAUCAAGGCCAUUGCCUUGUGGGGACGCAUUAUCUGGUACCUCAACCAGGGCGGAAAGGAGCUCGACCCUCACCCGAUGUGGAGCCCGGAUUCGGAGUACACAAAGCUGCUGAUGCAGACCGAGAACUUCCUGACUGAAUUGCCGGAGAGUUUGGCUUACAGCGCCGAAAACCUGAAAGCGCACGAGUCGGACAACAUGGCCAACCAGUUCCUCUUUUUGCACAUCUCUAUUCAGCAGAACAUCCUCUUCAUGAACCGGUUCGCCGUAUCGUCGCCAAGCGGGCAUUCGCUACAAGACGUCCCGAAGGCGUUCGUGACGAAGGCGGGGGCCAAGGCGUUUGCCGCUGCGAACCGGAUAUCGGAGCUGCUCAAGGACGCCGAGUCGCACUUCAUCACCGCCCCCUUCACAGGGUACUGCGCAUUUUUGUCCAGCACCGUCCAUAUCUUCGGCAUAUUCUCCGGGAACCCGACCAUGGAGGCAACCUCGAAGCGGAAUCUGGCCACGAAUGUCAGGUUCCUGUCGAAAAUGAAGCGGUAUUGGGGCAUGUUCCACUGGAUGUCAGAGAACCUGCGCGAGCAAUACCGCACCUGCGCCGACGCCGCGAGACUGGGCACCCCCGCUAGCGAGAGCGCCGCGUCGCCCAUUUUCCAAUACGGCGACUGGUUCGACCGCUACCCGCACGGCGUCUCGCAGUCCGACUUCCUCGACCCGGCCGCAUACAAGAAGAAAGAGAAGGGCGAAGAUGCCGUGCUAGAGCAGAAACCAGAGCUCCACACGGUCGAGGAGUUCUUCACCACCCUCUCCCCACAAAGCGCCGAAAACGCCGCC